AUGCCUGCAUACUGUAUUGAUUUCACGAGCGGCCUUAUCGAUUAUCUUCUCCUACCAUUCCUCCUCCUCACUCUACCCGUAUCGCUCUCCCGCUCCACCAACGCCGCUUCCUCCCCCCGUGCCUCCGCGCUCUACAUCGUCCGCCUGCGCUCCGCGCCGCCUGUCGCCUCGUACCGCGGCGGAUUUGCCGGCUACCCGGCAACGGCCGUCUGGGACAGCGACCCUAAUGGCACCACGCCAGCCGGCGCUUCAGACGAUGAGGCCCGCAAUGGCGUUGGCGCGGCUUCUGUUGCGAGCAACGCUGGCGUUGCCACUGCGUCUCUCACUCCUGCUGCUACUGCUGCUGCUGCUGCUGCUGCUGCUGCCACUGCUGCUACCACCAGCGGUUCAGGAGGCACCAGCCGUCGGGCUCGCCGGCCGCGGUUGAACGUGAGGGCGCCGGGCGUGAGGGCGUUCAAGCAGCUGCUGCAGCGCAUGCAGCAGGCCGUGCUGAGAGACAGCGGGGUGGACGUGGGGAAGAUGCUCUAUAGCUACGUGCACACAGACAACAGCUUCACAGCGGCCCUCACGGCAGCGCAGGUGCAGCGCAUGAGGCGGCACCCCUCUGUGGCCAGCACGCUCCCUGCCGGGUGGGCGGGCACGUGUCCCACUACAAGCGACUUCACAUGCAACAACAAGAUUAUCGGUGGGGGCAUCUUCCACGCGGGGUUUGAGAGCGAAUAUGGAGGACAGGGUCCCGGCGACGACGAGUGGGCCUCCCCGCGCGAUUCUGAUGGCCAUGGCACGUGGUGUGCCGGAGCGGCAGCGGGCAACAGUGGCGUGGAGGUGCCUGGCGAGGGCACCAUCAGUGGCGUGGCUCCCCGGGCACGCCUGGCCAUCUACAAGGUCUACUGGUAUCUAGGCGGCCCUGGCGAGUCUAUUACUACCAACGCAGAUGUCUUUGCAGCCGUUGAUCAGGCAGUGGCGGACGGUGUGGAUGUGCUCACGCUGUCCCUGGACAACACGCACAGAAACACGGCCUGGGAUGAGUUUGACGUGGGGAAGUGGACCUACUUUGACGACGUGCCUUUCCUCGGCGCUCUUGCGGCCGGAGUGACUGUGGCCUUAGCAGUGGGUGAUGAGGGGAGGCCCUUUUACCGAUACCUGAACCCUUCUUCCCCUGCCAUUGACAACUUUGCGCCCUACUAUAUCAGCGUGGGGGCCAGGUGA